AUGGGAAACAAUCCUUAAAAACCUUAAGUUAUAUAUACAUUCAAAGCUUAUGACAAGGAUGGAGAUAAUAGAAUUUCAAGAAAAGAAUUUAUUGAAUUCUUUGAAGAUUCAUGGAAAGCAGCUUUUAUGAUUUUAGGAGAUACUGCAAACAAAACACGUUUUAAUUAAUAAACAAUAAAUACAGCAAAAUUAAAUGGAUGGGCUUAACAAAAUAUUCCUAAUUUAAAUCAUUAGAUAGAAAACAUUUUCUCUUAAUUAGAUAGAAAUAAAAAAGGAUUUAUUGAUUAUCUAACUUUCUAAAGUUGGGUUAAAAGUAGUAAUAUGCAUUCGAUUUUUGCUAAUUUUGAUAAUAUAAAAAUAGAAGUACCUAUUGAUUUUUAUUAAUUAGAAAAAAACACUUAAUGA